ACCAUGAUGAAACUGAAAGACGCAACUUGAGAUAUCUGCGGUAGGACUUUCAAACCCAAAGCGAGUGCUCCCAUUGCUUUUUCACUCGUUUUACCUCCUGUCACGUGCGGCUUUCGCUUAGCGCUGCAGGUGUAAUCUAGAUGGCUGCACCUCCCUCUCGACUGGCAGCAAUUAGGGCCAUUAACAACAACACAUUGUGGCUCCCAAGAACUACAACACAAAAUGAACAGCCAAUGGAGCAAUUCGCAGUGUCUCUGAGACCGACUGGUGCGGAAUCUGGUGCUGACCGGUUCGGCUCUAGAGAGCAUUCUCAACAUCCGGACUUCGCCAUCAAACAGUGGAGAUGUAACCUAACGGCACUCUCACAUUCUUCCAAUCUAUUUUUCGUUGCGUGUGGUCACACAAUCCAUGUCUUUGACCCUCCCUAUCUAAGUCAGCGCCUAGCAAAGAUACCAUUAUCUAUCAUUCGUUUGCCACAAUAUUUCGCUGACGGCCGAUCUGGCUACAUCGAUCCAGAUCAUCCUCAUUCGAUUAAUCGAAUACUCGUGAGCUUUCUGGGAAAUCAAGAGAUCUUGCUGGCGACCUGCGAUGACGGAGAUACUGUUGUUUACUACCUGUCAGCCAUCGAGAAAAUCAUUCUGAGGGACGUAAAUUUUCAACUCCCUGAAGACGUGAAUAACUAUCCUCAACCAAAGACUUUCUUUCAUCACAAUUCGGGAUGCAGCGCUUGGGGCAUAGCUGUCCAUCGUGAAGCUCGACGGCUUGCGAUCUCAGCUAAUACACAUGAGGUAACGGUCAUAUCUUUCGCUCUAAGUUCCCCAAGCGAAGAUAUCUCUAAAACAACCAGCACGGGAGACGGUCAUGAGCAAAACUUAUCUCUCGAUCAAUCAUAUCAAUCAGAUCAGUCAGACCAGUCAGAUCAACCAGAUCAUACGUUCACCUACCUUAGGGCGCCAAACAACGUGCCACAUGUUGCGUUUUGUGAUGAAGACCCGAGCGGCCGAUGGAUCAUGUUCGGUGACAUUUCUGGCAACUAUCACAUUUACGAACUUCGCUCAAACGACUCCACACCUGAGACUUGCAACGUUAUUCGAUUCUGCUCGGGUCCCAAUGUGCAAGCUUGUCUCUGUGAAGACCGCUUUUCACAUUCCGUAUGGGGCACGUUCUGGCUAGAUCGACGUAGUUUCCGAACCGUUCCCACUGUUCUCGAUCGUUUGCCCGAUCAAGCAAAUGAUGUCGUUAGGCCUUUGUUACGUGAACGUUUGAUUGAACUAAUACCGCCACGAAGAAUAGCGGAUACAAGUGAUGUAUUUCACAAGUACUCGAGUAACUAUCGCGAUAUGCGUAGAAUGCGGCUACUUCCUCCUCAGCCGUUGCUGCACAUUCAACAGGGCCCUGAACAGAGCCAGUAUGAUGAGGAGGAGGAGGAGGGAGAGGAGGAAUCGAAUUUACAGGAAAAUCAGGAACACCAAGAUCAUCAGGAUCCGGGAUCGGAUUCGCAAUGGGAUGAUGAGGAAGAAACUGACGAGGAUCUUGCUGAAGUAAUACUCGGACAUACUCAAUUUCUUGAAGACCACGUAAGUCUGUUUACUGGGGAAUCAGUUAAAGGGUACACGCGCCUCAUCACAGAUGGGCUGUCGAGGGAAUCCCAGCACAUCCCAAGCCCAAUCAUGAUCAUUACCGGUCAUGACAUCUUCCUCGCUCGAUGGAAUUAUGCAAUGGGCUAUCACGCACCUCUGAAACAGAAAGUUUUUUACAACAACGAGCUGCAUCACUUCUCUCGAACCCAAAUGGAUCGAAUGAAUCUUCACGCCACAAUUCCUGAGCUCGGAGUUGUGGUGGUCGCGUCCCAGAAAGGCCGCGCAAUCGUACUAUCUCUUAUACAGUCAUUUGAGAAUGAAGCAGAAGCCCAACUGGGCACCCCUUUCUACGGAAUGACGGCAGAUCACAUUCUACCAUUGGCAUCACAGGAAGAAGAUGGACUUCGCCCGUUAGUACCUCUGGCCGGCAUUGCUGCGAACCCGAUUGCAGAACGCGACGACCUGCCCAGUGACGGGCAGCUUAGGAGAUGGCGCCUGAUAUUGACUUACGUGGAUUUCACCAUAUUGUCAUAUGAAUUGAGCAGGCCGAGGAUAGAGACUGAAGUGGAUGUGGAAUCGUUAGUUGUCUAAAUACCCUUAUGAAACGUAUCGAAUAGCAUUUGUGCACAUGAAACAAGUUUAGGCUUCUGCCCUACCAUGCGCGAUGUUGAUUUACCGUGAUCCUGUUGGAGGACCUUGAUUUCGGUACCGGGCACUCCGGGGU